GAAUUUUGAAUUACGGGCAUGCGCAGAGAAACAUCCGUUAAUCGUGUUCGAUUUUGCAACGGUUAGAACUGAUUGAAUUAUCGAAAUUUUCCAGUGCUUUUAAUCUAGAAAUAUAAAAUAAAAUGAGAGAAAUAGUUCAUAUUCAAGCUGGACAAUGUGGAAAUCAGAUCGGUGCUAAGUUCUGGGAAGUGAUUUCUGAUGAACAUGGAAUCGAUCCUACCGGAACUUAUCACGGAGAUUCGGACUUGCAGUUGGAAAGAAUUAACGUAUAUUAUAAUGAGGCUACAGGAGGGAAAUAUGUACCUCGAGCCAUUCUGAUAGAUUUAGAACCGGGGACAAUGGAUUCGGUUCGAUCCGGCCCUUUCGGCCAAUUAUUCAGACCGGAUAAUUUUGUGUUCGGCCAAAGUGGUGCCGGCAAUAAUUGGGCAAAAGGUCAUUAUACGGAAGGCGCCGAGUUGGUGGAUUCGGUUUUGGAUGUGGUUAGAAAAGAAGCCGAAAGCUGCGAUUGCAUCCAAGGUUUUCAGAUGACGCAUUCUUUGGGAGGAGGAACAGGAUCGGGAAUGGGCACGCUUCUUAUUUCCAAAAUCCGAGAGGAAUAUCCCGAUCGAAUUAUGAAUACCUUCAGCAUCGUACCGUCACCAAAAGUUUCGGAUACAGUAGUGGAACCAUACAAUGCCACUCUUUCUGUUCAUCAACUGGUAGAAAACACCGACGAAACAUUCUGUAUAGAUAACGAAGCAUUAUAUGACAUAUGUUUCAGGACACUGAAAUUAACCACGCCGACUUAUGGCGACUUGAAUCAUUUGGUGUCAGCCACCAUGUCCGGCGUUACUACUUGCUUGAGAUUCCCGGGUCAGUUAAACGCAGAUUUACGGAAAUUGGCAGUAAAUAUGGUACCAUUUCCUCGUCUUCAUUUCUUUAUGCCCGGUUUCGCUCCCCUGACUUCUCGUGGAAGUCAACAGUACCGAGCUUUAACAGUUCCCGAAUUGACUCAACAACUAUUCGAUGCAAAAAAUAUGAUGGCAGCUUGCGAUCCUCGCCACGGACGUUAUCUAACCGUAGCAACCAUCUUUCGUGGUAGGAUGAGCAUGAAAGAAGUCGACGAGCAAAUGCUAAACGUUCAGAACAAAAACAGUAGCUAUUUUGUAGAAUGGAUACCUAAUAACGUAAAAACCGCCGUUUGUGAUAUUCCUCCUCGUGGUUUAAAGAUGUCUGGUACAUUCGUAGGCAACACCACUGCUAUUCAAGAACUGUUCAAGCGCAUUUCGGAACAGUUUACCGCCAUGUUUCGUAGGAAAGCCUUUUUGCAUUGGUAUACCGGAGAGGGAAUGGAUGAAAUGGAGUUUACCGAAGCCGAGUCGAAUAUGAAUGAUUUAGUGUCCGAAUAUCAGCAGUAUCAAGAAGCUACAGCCGACGAAGGAGAAUUCGAAGAAGAAGAAGAAGAAGAAGCUCAGGAAGCCUGAGAGUCGUUAUCUUAAAAGUUAUCGUUCAUUUUUAUUUAAGUUAUUUGUGUUCAUUUUCCUAUAUUCCUAUUGUUUGUGUUCAUUUAAAAAAAUACAUUAUAUAAUUUUUGUUAUAAGUUUUCUUAUAUGACUUUUCAUACUGAUGUAUUUGCAUACUAAUUAAAAUAACAUUUAUUUUAAACGUA